CCCCAAAAGAACCCCUUGGCGAUAAUUUCAUCGAAAUAUCUCUCUCUAUCUUCUUUUCCUCUCAUCUCCCUCCUUUCCAGUACCUCUCGAUUUUCUUUCUGGAGUUCAGAGAGAGAAGAUUUGUUCGUCAUUCUUGCUUUCUGCGCUGAUUUAGAUACUUUUGAUUGUAUUACAGUAGUAAUUUGUUAAAAGGCAUGAAGAUUGCAAGCUAUGCUGGAGUUGCGAAACCCGGUUUUUUGCUCGUGCACUACGAGUUUCCAGCUUUCGCAUUCCACAGAAAUCAGUUGAUUUCUAUCCCAUCUAUAUGUGCUCCAAGUAAGUACAAGAAGCCAUGUUCUUUGGUGAUGAAGCUCCAUUCCUCUGCCGUGAGCCGAUCUCGUCCAUCCACAACUUUCGAGACAUCUUCAUCCAAGCAAGACAGACCUAAUAGGGAGAGGAAAGAAGUUAGCCCUUCUUCAUUCUACACUCACCCCAGUUUACUGCAAAUGAAGAACGAGAGAAUUGCUAACCGUGCCCAUGUUUACGAAUUCUUGAACGGCAUCGGCGUUGUCCCCGAUGAGCUGGACGGAUUAGAGCUUCCUGUCACUGUUGAUGUUAUGAGAGAGCGCGUGGAGUUCCUUCACAAGUUAGGGCUUACGGUUGAGGAUAUCAACAACUACCCUCUUGUCCUUGGCUGCAGUGUGAAGAAAAAUAUAGUACCGGUUCUUGAUUACCUUGGCAAAUUGGGCGUCAGAAAAUCCACCUUUACCGAAUUCUUGCGCCGCUAUCCUCAGGUACUCCAUGCUAGUGUAGUGGUUGACCUUGCUCCUGUUGUGAAGUAUCUUCAAGGCAUGGACAUUAAGCCUAGCGAUAUUCCUAGAGUGCUCGAGAAGUAUCCGGAAGUUUUGGGGUUUAAGCUUGAGGGAACCAUGAGUACUUCGGUAGCUUAUCUUGUCGGAAUCGGAGUAGCUAGGCGUGAGAUUGGAGGAGUAUUAACAAGAUACCCUGAAAUAUUGGGUAUGCGAGUGGGUCGGAUAAUCAAACCCUUUGUGGAAUACUUGGGAAGCUUGGGUAUACCGUCAUUAGCUGUUGCUAGGUUGAUCGAGAAGCGGCCGCACAUUCUUGGUUUUGGGCUUAACGAUAGGGUUAAGCCAAAUGUGAAAUUGCUUUUGGAGUAUAAUGUUAGACAGACUUCACUUGCAGCUGUGGUUGCUCAAUAUCCAGAAAUCAUAGGAAUUGACCUGGAAAAGAAGCUGCUCAGCCAACAGGAAUUCCUCGGUUCGAUCAUUGAAUUGAGUGCCGAAGAAUUCGGGAGAGUUAUAGAGAAAAUGCCUCAGAUUGUCAGCCUAAGUGACAAAGCAAUAGUGAGGCAUGUAGAUUUACUAAAGGGCUGUGGAUUCUCUGUAGAGCAAGUGAGAAAGAUGGUUGUGGGGUGUCCUCAGUUGUUGGCGUUAAAUGUUGAUAUAAUGAAACAGAGCUUCGAUUACUUCAAAUCUGCAAUGAGCAGGCCGUUGGAUGAUUUGGUGGCUUUCCCAGCCUACUUCACUUACGGGCUCGAGUCUACCGUUAGGCCAAGGCAUAAGAUGAUUGCUAAGAAGGGGCUGAAGUGCUCUCUUGCUUGGCUUCUGAAUUGUUCGGACGAGAAAUUUGAGGAGCGGAUGAAAUACGACUCGAUUGAAAUGGAUGAGGGAGAGGCGGAUUCUUCGUUCGACAUGAAUAGCUUAAUGAAACCCAAUGUUGAAGAGUCGGAUUCUGAAUACGAGGACUAUGUGGAUGAUGAAUUUGAAUAGAAUCUUGUUGUUGGAUGAUGCUGAUCGAACGAAUCGAAAGCUAUUACGGAACUUUCCUCUUUGUGUGAAGUAGUUUCAGUUUGAAGGUAUAUUACUCGUCUUCAAGCACUAGGAUGUUAUGUAGCUAAGUGGAGAAAACUGGAACACGUUGUCAACUUUUUAGAGUAUACCAGUUUAUACAAGGAGGAAUAUGCAUAUUUAUGUGAUCUAGAUUCGUGUUUGUUUUGUUAGCGAUUUUACGCUUGAGUGUGGCUAAAUUCCAACUAGAAAAGUAGAUAAUGGAAAAGAACUUCGGUUGAAAUGCUGACGGGUGAUCGUUUUAGGGAGACUAUAGUUUUUCUUUUUUUCUUUUUGA